AUGCUUGACAAGAGUAUGUCUUCAACAGUAUUGAAAUUAUUAUGGGGAAAAUCCUUAGUUUUCAUUUCUUUCCAAUCGUUGGAUAAAUCUAAUAUGAUUGGUUUUAUGUUUGAAGAUGGUGGAAUGAUGUUUGUAGUUGGAUUGGCUUUUAGAAAGACAAAUUGGUGA